AUGGGCAUGUUCUGGUCGGCCAUGCUGUACGCCUCGAACCCCAGGGACCACUACGUGCCGUACGUCGACUGUUUGUUCCUCGCCUUCUCCGCCGUGACGAUGACGGGCCUGGUCACAUACCCCCUGACAGUGUGGCAGCAGGUGAUCCUAUUUUUCCUCAUGUUCGGGGGGAACCUGGUCAUUGUCAGCACGACGACCGUGCUCGUGCGCCGACACUUUUUCCGGAAGCACUUCGACAGGGAGCUGGAACGCAGCAAGACGAUGCAGGCGCGGAUCCGGGACGCCGAGGUGCGCCACCACCAGGAGCGCGACGCCGAGUGGUCGCGAGUUCGCCGCUGGUUCGGCCUCGGCGACCACGGCGCGCCGCCGGGGCCGGGCCAGGCGCCCCACGAAAAAGGCGAGCCGAAAAAGACGCGUCCCAAGCUGCAUGCGGGCAUGAUCCACCGCGUGCAGGGCCCCGCCGUGCAUGUGAACCCGAUGGGCCAGCACACCAGGGUCGAGCACCCCGUGCCCGGCACGGACGCCCCGCUGCCCGGCAUCCUGCAGUCGCCGUCGGCGCCUGCUGAGCCGACGGAGACGGUGCGCUUGGAGGCGCCAGAGGCGCCAGAGGCGCCAGAGGCGCUGCGCGAGCUGCCGCCCGCGCAGGUGGACGAGUCGCCGGAGAUCGCACGGGCCAACACGGACCCGCCGGCGCUCGGGCACGCGAACGACGUGGAAGGGCUGCCGCUGUCCGUGCAUGCGCACACGCUCGCGGCGGACGCGGAGGACCUGGACGCGGUCAGGGACAGGGACAGGGACGAGACCGAGUCGCGCCGGCAGAACACGCAGCUGUAUGAGCUGCCCGGCGCUGCGCUGCGCCGCACGCUCACGGUGAAGCGCGACCGGGGCCUGGGUGGCUUCCCGUCGCCGUGGGACUACCUCGUCUCGCUCCUGCAUGUGUCGCGCAUGCGCGAGCGCCUGACGGUGCCGGCCGUGCGCACGAUGACGACGAUGCAGCCGGCGCGCACGGACGACGACCUCGAGCACGCCCACGGCCGGCAGUUCGCGCCGUACCUGACGUUUGACGCGACGGUCACGGGCAACUCGCACUUCCACAACCUCACCCUGGCGCAGCGCAACGAGCUGGGUGGCGUCGAGUACCGCGCGCUGAACAUGCUGGCGUGGCUGGUCCCCGUGUACUGGUUCGUGUGCGUGAGUGUGGUGAUCCUGCUCGUCGCGCCCUACAUGUCGUCGCCGGCCGCCACGGCGUACCGCGCGGUGCUGGAGGAGCAGCCCAAGCCGCCGCACAACCCGACGUGGUUCUCGAUCUUCAUGACUGUGAGCGCCAUGACCAAUACGGGCCUGAUGCUCUCGGACAACAGCAUGGGCGGCGGCUUGACGAGCAGCUACAUGGUGAUCUUGCCCGCCAUGGCGCUCAUCCUCGUGGGCAACACGGGCUUCCCCAUCAUGCUGCGCUUCGUCAUCUGGCUGCUGAGCCGCUGUGUGUCGCGCCGCUCGCGCACGUACGAGACGCUGCGCUUUCUGCUGGACCACCCCCGCCGCUGCUUUCUGUAUCUAUUCCCUGCGGAGAACACGUGGUUCCUGCUCUUCGUGCUGCUCGUGCUCAACGUGUUCGACUGGUUCAUGCUCAUGGUGUGCGACCUGGACCUGCGCCACGCCUUUGCCAGCAACGGCACGUGGGUGCUUGCGUCGCUCUUCCAGUCCGUCUCGACGCGUUCCUCGGGCAUGCAGAUCUUCUCGAUCGUGGACCUCGCGCCGGCCGAGCAGCUCCUGGAGAUGCUGAUGAUGUACAUUGCCGCGUUCCCGGUCAUGAUGGCGGUGCGCAGCACGAACGUGUACGAGAACCGCAGCAUCUUUGUCGCCGACAAUGAGGACGAGGACGGCAGCGACGUCGGAUUCGAGUCGCCAGAGGGGCGCGUCGUGUGGGGCCGCUUCCUGUCCGUGCACGUUCGCAAGCAGCUCGCGUACGACCUCUGGUGGCUCAUUCUCGUGAUCUGGAUCGUGUGUCUCGCGGAGAAAACCAAGAUCACCUCGGGCCAGUUUCCCUCCAUGAACAUCUUCAACAUCGUGUACGAAGAAGUGUCCGCCUACGGCACCGUCGGCCUGAGCACCGGCGCGUCGAACGGCAAGCCGACAUCGCUCGCCGGCGACAUGACCGUCCUGUCCAAGCUCGUCACUAUCGCCGUCAUGCUCCGUGGCCGCCACCGCAACCUGCCGAACGCCAUCGAUCGCGCUGUCAUGCUGCCCACCGACAUCGAGCACCACGACACGCGCCAGGACGCGCCGCGCCGAGUCAGCACAAGCGACGACCUAUAUGGCCGCACCUCCAGCAUCAGCCGCCGCCCGACCAUGCGGCGCACGCACACACGCGCGAGCUCCAUGCCGGCGUUCGACGAGGCGAUACCCAUGCGCGCGUCGCCGGAGCAUCUGUAG